UCGCGAGCAGCGAUCAGGACAGUCUGAAUCCUUCCGACGGCGAAAUAUGGCGAAGAAGGGGCUGCUACUGAAGGCAAUGAAAAGAGCUGGUGCGUCUGUCGAGUGGCGUUGAAGUGAGCCGAUGGUGGAGCCCGACGGGUCGUUUGAUGAACAGCGGGAAGGGCGACGGUGGGAGAGCAGUUCAGGUGGCGGCUUCAAGGAGAUUGCUGUGAUGCUACGUAGGCAACUGGAAGAAAAGGGCUUUUCUACCAUGAGAGAGUGUGUGUGAGCCCGCUUUUCUGGAGACACGGCAGCUCUACCGAUCUGCUCCUGUUGCGUUACUGUCGUUCAUUUAUUGAGUUUUUUAAUUCAGUCCACCGGUUAGUGUCUUUUCCGCUGUUUAGGACACAGCGGGGAUCCACGGCGAGCUGGUGAAGUUUUGGGGAAUGGCAGGUCGAAGCCGAAGAGCAUGGUUUAGUGUUCUGCUGGGGCUGGUGGUCGGGUUCACUCUGGCUUCCAGACUCAUUCUACCCAAAGCAACCGAGUUGAAGAAAGCCGGACAGAAGCGGAAGGCGAGCCCCGCUGGCUGCGGGGUGAACGGGGCUCUGAGGAAGGAGUACGGGGGAGUGUUAUGGCCACCGCAGGAUAACGGUUCCCCGGCGACCGAGAAACCUGGCUCCAGGUCCAACAAUUUCCUGUUCGUCGGUGUCAUGACUGCCCAGAAGUACCUGAACAGCCGGGCCGUGGCAGCGCACAGGACCUGGGCACAAUCAAUACCAGGUCAUGUGGAGUUCUUCUCCAGUGAGGGCUCUGACACCUCCAUACCCAUUCCCAUUGUGGCUCUGCGGAAUGUGGAUGACUCAUACCCACCCCAGAAGAAAUCCUUCAUGAUGCUUAAGUACAUGCACGACCAUUAUCUGGACAGGUACGAGUGGUUCAUGAGGGCUGAUGACGAUGUCUACAUCAAAAGCGAGAAGCUGGAGAGCUUCCUACGCAGCCUCAACAGCAGCGAAGCCAUCUUUCUCGGCCAAACGGGCAUGGGGGCCCGGGACGAGCUGGGGAAAUUGGCUCUGGAGCCUGGGGAGAACUUCUGCAUGGGGGGGCCAGGGGUCAUCAUGAGCCGUGAGGUCCUCAAGAGGAUGGUGCCCCACAUCCGAGAGUGUCUACAGGAGAUGUACACUACCCAUGAAGAUGUGGAGGUGGGACGCUGUGUCCGGAGAUUCGCCGGGGUCCAGUGUGUCUGGUCCUAUGAGAUGCAGCAGCUUUUCUACGAGAACUAUGAACCAAACAAGAAGGGUUACAUACGAGAUCUCCACAACAGCAAGAUCCAUCGCGCCAUCACCCUCCACCCCAACAAGAACCCUCCCUACCAGUAUCGCUUACACAGCUACAUGCUCAGCCGCAAGAUUGCAGACCUGCGCCACCGAACCAUUGAGCUCCACCGGGAGAUCGUCCAGAUGGGACGCUAUGGAGCAGCUGAGCCCAGCCGAGACGACCUCCAGCUCGGCAUGCCGCCCUCAUUUAUGCGCUUCCACCCACGACAGAGAGAGGAGGUUCUGGAGUGGGAGUUCCUGACAGGAAAGUACCUGUACUCAGCAUCUGAUGGUCAGCCAUCCCGCCGUGGGAUGGACUCCUCCCAAAGACAGGCCCUGGAUGACAUCAUCAUGCAAGUGAUGGAGAUGAUAAACGCUAAUGCCAAGACGCGGGGCCGGGUCAUUGAUUUCAAAGAAAUCCAGUAUGGCUACCGGAGGGUCAACCCUUUAUAUGGGGCAGAGUAUGUACUAGAUCUGCUGCUGUUGUACAAGAAGCACAAAGGAAAGACCAUGACUGUUCCUGUGAGGAGGCACGCCUACCUGCAGCAGACCUUCAGCCAGAUCCAGUUCAGAGAGGAGGAGGAGAUGGAUGCCAGAGCUCUGGCCAGCCACAUUAACAAGGAGUCAGACUCCCUCUCAUUCCUGUCCAACUCCCUGAAGAUGCUGGUACCCUUUAAACUUGCCACCUCUGGCCAGGACCAGAGGGAACCAAAAGAGAAGAAAGUGAACAUCUUGGUACCUCUGUCGGGACGUUAUGACAUCUUUGUACGCUUCAUGGCCAACUUUGAAAGAGUUUGCCUGAUCCCCAACCAGAACGUCAAGCUACUGAUUCUGCUCUUCAGCACAGACAACAACACAGAGCGUGUGAAGCAGGUGGAGCUCAUGAGGGAGUAUCACAUUAAAUAUCCCCGAGCCGAGAUGGAGAUAAAACCUGUUACUGGCUCUUUUUCUAGGGCUCUGGCUUUGGAAGUGGGCUCCUUACAUUUCUCUAAUGAUUCGCUGCUCUUCUACUGUGACGUUGAUCUGCUCUUCACCACUGACUUCCUCAAGCGAUGUCGGGUCAACACCGCCCUCGGGGAGCAGAGCUACUUCCCCAUCAUCUUCAGCCAGUACGACCCUAAAGUGGUGUAUGCUGGAAAGGUCCCCAGCAACAACCACUACGUCUUCACAUCCAAGACAGGCCUCUGGAGGAACUACGGCUUUGGAAUUGUUUGCGUCUACAAGGGAGACUUGGUCAAAGCAGGAGGCUUUGAUACCUCCAUACAGGGGUGGGGAUUGGAGGACGUGGACCUUUUUAACAAGUUUGUCCAGUCAGGGAUAAAGUUGUUCAGAAGUACAGAUACGGGGAUAGUACACGUCCACCACCCGGUUGUAUGUGACCCCAACUUGGAGGCGAAGCAAUAUAAGAUGUGCCUGGGCUCCAAAGCCUCAUCACACGGCUCCACCCAGCAGCUGGCAGAACUCUGGCUGGAGAAGAACGACCUCAGCUUCAGGAGACUGGCCAGCAAUAACAGCUCAGUUAGGACAGUGUGAAGAUAUCGUGAAUAUUCCUCUUCUUAGUGGUGUUUUCACUACCUAAUUUAUUUUUUACUGAAGCGAAAGACUUAACAUGGAUAUCUUUUUUUUUUUUUAAGAAAAUGAACAGAAAAACCACAACGAACAAUUCAUAGAAGCAGUCUUGGCCCCUGUAUGGAAGCACAGGCUUUGAUUGUUGAUUGAAGGAAUAUUAACGGAUAUUCUUGUAUGAGCCUGAUUACAAAGGGGCCAGAGGCUCUUCCUGCCUGUUUCAUGUUAUCUGUCAGGGCUGUGGGAGAAGCGGAGGCAGGGCUCAUUAGUGUGUACCUCAGUGAAGUGCACAGCCAGGAUGAUAAAUAUUCCAUUUGUCUUGUUCGCAGAAAACAGAUGAACGUGUGUCUAUGUACUUUCAGACCAGCAGUGCUCGAAAAAAUUACUCAACUCUUGAUUGUGAAUGUUUACAAAAGACUGAUUCCAAACAUUUCAUCAAUGAAAAGUCCAAUUACGGCUAUGUGAGUAAUUACUGAGGGACAUUUUUAUUAGAUUCCUUUGAUUUACAAUGGUUUUCUCUUCCAUUUGCUUUUAAAGUUUUGUUAAUACAACAUAACACUGUUACUGUUUUUGUAUUUUUCUUUAUUAUUAAUUUCUGUGAACCCAACUGCUGGAUUUGAUAUCUACAAUUCAUCUUUUGCUGUCUAAUUUAUUGAAUUUUGCAGGCUCCAUUUUCUACUAUCUGACUGUUUAAAUAUGUAUAUUGGAAAGAUUGUAUAACCAUGUCAGCUGUGGGAUAGUUUUUUAUUUCAUGUACCUUUUCCUAAACUCAUUAUCACCAAAGAGUUUUUGCACAGUUUGCUUUAGGUGUCAUGUUGCCUGCCUGUGCGUGUGUGUGUGCGUUUGCGUGUGUAUGUGCGUGUGUGUGCAUGUUCGUGCAUCUGUGAGUGUGGGCGGCUGGGUGGUGUUUUGCAGGAACAACCAUGAAACUGGCUGCAUAAUAGAGAGUAAACACAAAAGCUCAAACUAGCCCAGGCCUUUCUGAUGGCUGAAGCGGGAACCAGUCUGUCCUUUAAUCCAGUGGGUUGAAAUGGGAGCAGCGCUCUGGUUGGCCAGUGGAUGUCAUACAUCGCUGUCUCUCUCUAUAAAUGACUUUUUUUUUUUUAAAUAAUAAUAAAAAAGAUGUGUUGUGGCUGGUCCCAGUCUACAAAGGUGUGACGUCAUAGCUGAUUCCAUGAGCUGCAAUAUGAAAUCCCACGGUCUGGUGCUGCAGGUAUGAGGGUGGUAACAUUUCCUUGUGAAAGACCUGAUUCACUGUCCCGUUUGUGCCGGAGUUCCUCACGGGCAGGUACUGUACGCUGUAGCACUCAAUCAGGUGAAUGCUCCUUUUUCAGCAUUACAACAAGAAGAAAGGCUGAUUUUAAGACUGAAGUAACAGGAUCAAUGACUGUGCUGUCAUCUUAUUUUUCUUUUUUUCUUUGACUUUUGUAAUAUUUGUUCUUUCAACCCUGUCCCACUGGACGAUGUUUUCUAUUUAAGAAAUAAAAUGGGGAGAAAAGUA